AUGUUCUUUGACUGUGAUAAAGUGAUACGAGUUGUUCCUGAGAGCGAGAGGGAAACGCAGAUCCUGAGGGCUGCAUUUAACAGGCUUAAGGUGGACCUGUGGCAGCCCAGCAGCCCCUUCUACAUCGUCGAAGGCACGGUCACCGAUGUGCGAGUACCACAGAACACGUCCCAAAGUCUGCUGCCCUACCUCCAGCAAGCAAACAUCCAGUACACGAUUCUCAUAUCAGACCUACAGAAAGCAAUAGAAAACCAAACUGGAUUGAGGUCACAUAGGAAUCGAAGGUCCCUCUCUGAGUAUAACUACGAAGUGUAUCACUCCCUGGAAGAAAUCCAGGGUUGGAUGCAUCAUCUGAAUAAAACUCAUUCGGAUCUUGUUCACAUGUUCUCUGUUGGAAAAUCCUAUGAAGGGAGACCACUGUUUGUACUCAAGUUAGGUAAAAGGUCACGGCCCUACAAGAAAGCUGUGUGGAUAGACUGUGGGAUCCAUGCAAGAGAGUGGAUUGGCCCUGCCUUUUGCCAGUGGUUCGUGAAAGAAGCUCUUCAGACAUACCAGACUGAUCCUGCCAUGAGAAAGAUGCUAACUCAGCUGUAUUUCUAUAUCAUGCCUGUAUUUAAUGUGGAUGGAUAUCAUUUUAGCUGGACAAAUGAUCGAUUUUGGAGAAAAACAAGAUCAAAGAACACAAGGUUUCGGUGUCAUGGUGUUGAUGCUAAUCGCAACUGGAAAGUGAAAUGGUGUGAUGAAGGUGCUUCAUUUCACCCAUGCGAUGACACCUACUGUGGUCCCUUUCCUGAGUCCGAGCCUGAAGUAAAGGCUGUUGCUCAUUUUCUCCGGAAACAUCGGAAACAAAUAAAAGCCUAUUUGUCCUUCCACGCUUAUGCACAGAUGCUGCUGUACCCUUACUCUUACAAAUACGCAACUAUUCCAAACUUCAGCUGUGUGGAAUUAGCAGCCUACGAUGCUGUUAAUGCUCUUCAGUCAGCCUAUGGUAUAAGAUACAGAUAUGGUCCUGCAUCUAGCACUUUGUAUGUGAGUUCUGGUAGCUCUAUGGACUGGGCCUACAAAAAUGGCAUCCCCUAUGCGUUUGCCUUUGAGCUGCGUGACACCGGCCAUUUUGGAUUUUUACUUCCCGAAACACUGAUCAAACCAACCUGCACAGAGACCAUGCUUGCAGUUAAAAAUAUAACUCUUCAUCUGCUGAAGAAAUGUCAUUGAGAGCUAUUUCUCGAAGCUGGAAUUGAGCGCUUUACUCCCAGGGCUGAAGCCUUUCAGUGUUUUCAGUUGCCAUUCUAAGCUUGGCCACUUCAAAAUUAUAGAAGCUAAUGGGAAACAUGGUAUUGUUUCAACAAGAUUUGCUUGGUGGGAAAUAAAAAA